AUGAAGGCUUCCGGUAUCUUCCUCGCCUCGCUGGUCUCCGCCGUCAUGGCGUCGCCAAUUGCCAACCUCGCACAGCAAUGCUCUGGUCAGGCUGUCAACGGUGCCACCACCCAGCCCAGUGAUCCCUCGGCCAGGAUGUGGCUUGCACUCCACAACGCGCACCGCGCCAACCACACCCAGACCUGCUCCGUCGCCUGGGACCAGCAGCUCGCAAACGAGGCCAUGGCCUCCGCCCAAGCAUGCCAGUUCCAGCACACCAACAGUGGCAAGGACUACGGCCAAAACAUGGGCGAGACCAGCCAAGGUUCGAGUGAGCACGCCGUUACCGCCAUGUUCUACAACGAGAUCAGCGAGUUCGGCCCGUACUGGCACCAGCCGAACGUCCCGAUCGGCAACCCGAUGAUCCUCCACUUCACUCAAGCCGUCUGGAAGAAGACCACCACCAUCGGUUGCGCCACCUGGAACUGUGGUCAAUGGCUGCUGUCCUACUGCAACUACCGCGGACCUGGCAACUAUGCCGGCGAGUACGGUGACAACGUCGCUGAUCUGAUCCCCAACCCGCUUCCCCCGAUUUGCUCUGAGAUCGGUUCGAGCGCACAGGACGGAAGCUGCAUCACUGACCAGCAGUUGCUGCAGUACUUCUAA